UAUUAACAAAACUAAGUAAUGUAUCAACAACAACAACUUCCACCCCAGCAACAUCGGGAUUACAACAUUCCACCACCUGGUAAGUGAAGAGUUUAAUUUUAUAUCUCAGGGUAUAAGGCUCCUCGUUAUCCCAGGGAAGAGUUACCUGAAAAUUAAGAGCAGAAUCUAGACUUGGGUGGUUCAUAUUAAUCCUACUUGUACAAUUGUGGGGAGUGCUGUGGAAACUGCAAGGCCGUCUGUCCUUGCAAUCCUUUUGUCGAGUAUCCCUAUGUGUAAGUGGAGCAAAGUUUUGUUGGAGUAUAUUUGCGCUUUGGAAAAUACAUCAAGACAGGUACACGAGACUUCUAUCUAAGUUCAACCUGGAUUAAUUUACAUCAAUCCUUGCACCGACACCAUUUAGAAAGUCGAUUGCAAAGUGCAGAUGAUCGACUGUCCUCGAUAGCAAGUGAUGACCAAGGACAACAUUCUGGUGAGCAUUGAUGCAACUGUUUAUUAUAGAAUAGUGAUACCAAGACGAUCCAUAUUUUAUAUCAAUGAUCUCCAUCAGGCUGUGACUCAAUUAACAUUGGCUACCAUCAAAAGCAUAGCUGGAUCUCACACUCUACAGGAUCUAUUGGAGAAGAGAGCUGAAGUCUAGUAGCAAAUUGAAGGGUUCGUGGAUGAACAUGUGUGGGAAUGGGGAAUCGACAUUGAGAACAUGUUGAUUAAAGAUAUUUAAUUGAAUGCUGAUUUGCAGAACACCUUGUCCAUGGCAGCCAAGGAACAGAGAGCAGCUCAAGCCAAGGUCAUUUCUGCUCAAGGAGAUGUUUAAUCGGCCAAACUCAUGAGAUAGGCAGCAGAACUCUUGGAUUCCAAGGCAGCCAUGUAAAUAAGGUAUCUAGACACAAUCACCACUCUGGGACAGUAAGGAUCCACCAAAGUAGUAUUGCUCCCCACCGAUUCUAAAUGAUAAUGAUAAUAUAUAGAAAAUAAUAUUAUUCUAUAUAAAUUUAAGCGUGG